AUGGCUGCCCCCAGUGUCCUCACUUUUGAUGUUGAGGGACGUGCCGUUGACUUUGAGGUCUGGGUCGAUGACCUUCAGCUGUUUCUUCAGUGCGAUAGGGCGGACGGCCUCUCCCUGUUUGACCUCACUUCUCGUGACUCCCCUGCCCCUACUGCUGAUGCUGACGCCACUGUUCGCUCACAGUGGGCCACGCGCGAUGCUGCUGCCCGCCUUGCUGUGCGCCGCCACUUACCGACCACUGAGCAUGCACACUUUAGCCAGUACAAGAGUGUUCAGACCUUGUACGACGCUGUAGUUGCACGCUACUCUUCCCCUGCCACUGCUGCACCGAGCCGCCUCAUGCUACCGUACCUCUUCCCUGACCUUGCUUUGGACCACUUCCUCUCAGUUUGCCCCACCACUCUCACCGUUGACCUCCUCGAGAAGGCCCUCCUAGCGAUAGAGAAGAGCAUAGUCGUAAUAGGAGCCUCUCGUGGUGACCCUCGCACCCCUGUCUUUGAGGGGUGUUCUCCCUCCCCCCCCUUGCCCUCUGUUGCCUCUGCUGCUGCGGCCGACCUCGUUGGUUUUGAGUCGGUCGGCGCUGCGUCUGCCCCAGCGGGAGACGUCGCACCGGCAAGGGCAAGGGGGGCAAGGGCGCUGGAGGGGCUGGAGGGGGCAAUGGAGGUGGUGGUGGAGGCACUGAAGGGAGUGGUGGUGGUGGUGGGAGUGGUGCGGGGGGUGACGGCGGCGGCAGCAGUAGUGGAGGCGGCGGAGGCGGUGGAGGUGGCGAAGGGAGCGGAGGCGGCGGAGGUAGUGGAGGAGGCGGAGGUGGAGGAGGCGGCGGAGGCGGUGGCGGUGGCGGCCUUGUCGGCGUAG